UUGUUGGGCAUUUGUGUUUUACGACGCACAUUUUCUUACAGGCCGAAUCAUCUGGUUGCGUCCCUAUCACACCCUUGGCAUACCAUUUUGAGGACAAACGCAGCCGACAUGCGUCCCAUUCUUUUACACGGACAUACUCGGUCGUUGACCAAAAUCAAAUAUAACCGCGACGGUGAUCUCCUUUUUUCGACUUUCAAAAGACAACAAGCCAAACGUCUGGUUUUCUCAUAAUGGCGAGCGUCUCGGAAGUUACAAUGGACACAACGGAGCUGUAUGGGAUUUGGACGUUAGCUACGACAGCACUCGACUAUUGACGGGAUCAGCCGAUAACAGCUGCAGACUCUGGGAGGUUCAAACCGGACGGCAACUUUUCCAAUGGAAUACGCGGACGGCAGUGAGAGCAGUGCAAUUUGCACAGGGAAACCGGAUGGCAUUGUACGUCACGGAUGCUACGAUGGGCCAGCCUUCAACAAUCUGGAUCGUCCCAGUCGAGGAGGAUCUCGAGAACCAAACUGACGAGUUUAUUCGCAAAAUCGUAAUUACCGGUCCCAAAGCCACCGUUGCAUCAUGGGGUGAUUUGAACAAAACUAUUUACACGGGUCACGAAGAUGGAACCAUUACAAUUUGGGAUGCAGAGACUGGAGAGAAGAUAAAGUCCGUAAAAAGCCACACAGAAUCGAUCUCCGAUAUGCAAUGGUCCAAGGAUUUCGGUUACUUCAUUACAGCCUCGAAGGAUCAGACUUCGAAGAUCUUUGACGGAAAGACCCUUAAAGUGAUGAAGACAUACACAACGGAGCGUCCCGUGAACUCAGCUUCAUUGUCUCCAAUCCGACCUCACAUUAUGCUCGGUGGUGGUCAGGAGGCGAUGAAUGUGACCACAACUGGGGCCAAGCAAGGAAAGUUCGAAGUUCGCUUUUUCCACUUACCUUUCGAGGAAGAGAUUGGUCGAGUGAAGGGACAUUUCGGUCCGAUCAACACUCUGGCAUUCCACCCUGAUGGCCGAAGUUUUGCAAGCGGUGGUGAAGACGGUUUCGUUCGACUCCAUCAUUUCGACGAGGAUUACUUUACAUUCAAAUACGAAGAGGAAACCCUUGAGUAAGCAUCCCGCCUUUUUGUAUUUAUAAUGUUCUUGGAUAAGGAGCCGCGGGGGAGCUGUACAUAGGGGAAACAGGCAUUUCCCACUGAAACGAGUUACCCGGUUGGUGUCACUUGAAAGCCUGGGUCGUGGGCCAUGCAGGAGGUCUCAAUACACACGUUUAGAAGGAAUAUAUACUUGUCGUGAUAAUGAUUAGGGUUAUUGGCUUGAGCUCACACCUGGUAUAUAAUACCAUAACUGGUGUGGUGGCGAUCGCAUAUACCAUUCUAUCAUCU